GAAAGUCUCAAAAUACACACACAAAUCCAGUGCGAUUUACACAUGGACGAAGAUUUACAAAUUCUGAUUCAAUAAUUAACCCGUCUCACUGAAAGUCACACUGCUCACUGGAAGCUCAGCUUGAUUCUUAUUCAAGGUUUUGUAAAGUAUGUGUAACUAAGGGGUGUGGUGCUGUGAUAAAGGUCAGUCAUUCAUCAAACUCUGAUCUUUGGACUCAUUCUGUCCAAACUGCCAACUGGUAAGACUGAGCUCUAUGAUCAUCAAACUCCUGUCUAAAGGAACUGAACCUGAGUAACAAUAACUAAAGGAUUCAGGAGUGAAGCUGCUUUCUAAGAAGCUGCCAACCGGAGAAGCUGAGUCUGGAUCAUGGAACACAGUGGAGAGAACAUGAGUAGAGAAGAACUCCUAAAAUAUUUCUUUGAUCUCACACUGGAUCCAAACACGGCACACAAUCUCCUGUCUGUUGCAGACGGCAACAAAAAGUUGGUGCGUAAUCCAGAUCCAAUGAUAUAUCCUGAUAAUCCAGAGAGAUUUGACGGCCUUCCGCAGGUUCUGUGUAAAGAGCGUCUGUCUGGACGCUGUUACUGGGAAGCUGAAUGGAGCGGGUUGGGUGAUAUGGUCGUGUCAUAUGAAGGAAUUGGCAGGAAAGGUGAAGAUUGUGAAAGCAGGUUUGGAGCCAAUGACAAAUCCUGGAUUCUGAGCUGCUUCGGGGAGAAACUGAUUGCCUGGCAUGAUAAUAUGGGAACACGCAUUCCUCCCCCAGCACCUCCCUUAAACAAAGUAGCAGUGUAUCUGGACGAGCCGGCUGGGAUUCUGUCCUUCUACAGCAUCUCUGACACAAACACACUCAGACACUUACACACAUUCAACACCACAUUCACUGAACCCCUCUAUGCUGGAUUUGUGCUUUAUACUAAUUCGGUGUCUCUGUGAUGUUACAAAAACAGGAUGAGUAAUUUCAAUUCACUACAAGAUCAACAGUGGCCCCCAAAAAUAUGUGCACUCUUUAGCCAUAACUAAUAAUGUCAAAACAAGUUCCCUUUAUUUUAUCGGAGUGUCUAUUUACAAUAAGUGCAAACAGCCCUUCAGAGGCUAUAUAAUAACACUUGUUAGAUUUAUGCUAGGCAGACGAAGUCUGAGCAUUGAAACAUACACAACUAAGAUUAUUCAAUAAAUUUUGAUCA